GGAAUUAUGAUCUGACUUUUUUUUGGCAAAAAUCAAGAAAACCAUAAAGAAAAUGAGUACAUGGAUGAAAUUUAAGAAGAUACUUAAAAUAUAUGAUAUUUAUUACCAUAGUCAUGUUCUCACCAUGUUCAUAUUUACACACAGGUGAUCGUCAGUGUACUUGUGAUAGUCACAAUCGUGCCAUUUACGUAUUUAUCAUGGACCAUGGCAGUAGAAAUGAGUGACACCGAUUUGACGGCCAUGGACGUAGCGUUCAGGCACGUCGCCGGCAACCUACAAACUCUACUGGAAGCCAACCGCUCCGCCUUCGCCAUCGCCGGCGCCAUUCGGCCCAUGAGCAACGAGAAAUCAACUUCUUUCUCUCACGUGGGGCCCGAGCUAUUCAUUGCGUUCGCCAUGCAGCCGCUGCUGGCUCAGGUGUCGUACGCCGGCGUCAACGGCGCCGCGUUCUCCUACUACCGCGCCGACGACGGCGAGGCGAGGGCGCUGCUCACGGAUGCGCACAAGAGGUGGUACACCCAAGCGGUGGACCCGGCGACCGGACGUCUGGUCGGGGCCCCCGCCGCCGCCACAGCGGGGCUCCACCUGCCCAACACGACGCGGAUCCUCCUCGCCAGCAAGAACGGCUCGCCCGCGUCGCUUGGCGCCGGGUGGGCGCGCCCGGGCGUCCGGAUGUUAUUCUUCUCUGCGCCGGUCGGUGACGCCGGCGUUAUCUCGGCCGCGGUCGCCGUCGACGACAUCGUCGGGACCACCGCCUCCCGCCUCGGCUUCCAGCACGGCGUGGACGUGUACUACGCGAUCGGCGACAAGGCCGGCGGCGCGCCGGCAACUGCUUACAAAUCUGCGCUGCUCCCUGAACAGAACCAGAUCAGCGACGACGCAGCGACGCGAGCGGAGGAGAUGGGCUUGUUCUCGAAGGUGGAGUGCGAGGCCUCAGCCAUCGACGCGCCCAAGCUCGGCCAGCUUGUCGCCGUGGGCCGCUACAUCAAGUACAAGGUCGCGUGUACGAACUUUGACGUCUCCGGAGUACAACUGGCGUUCCGGGUGGUGCUUCACAACCGGCUCGACGCAGACAUGAUCCGACCGUCGUGCAUCACCGUGCUCUUCUUCGUGUGCGUCCUGGUGGCUGUCGCCGCGGCGUCGUGCGUCCUCAUGGCGCGCGCGCUGCGGCAGGCCGCGGCGCGGGAGGCGGCGCUGAACGCCGACCUGGUCCAGCAGAAGGAGGCGCUCCAGCAGGCGGAGCGCAAGAGCAUGAACAAGAGCAACGCCUUCGCCAGCGCCAGCCACGACAUCCGGUCGGCGCUGUCCGCCAUUGCCGGCCUGGUGCAGAUGUCCCUGCCGGAGUCCCAGGCGCACCCCAACAUCAUGGACAACCUCAACCAGAUGGGCGUCUGCACUGACAAACUGCUAGAUAUACUAAACUCGAUUCUCGACACAAGCAAGGUUGAGUCGGGGAAGAUGCAGCUGGAAGAAGUUGAGUUCAACAUGGCCGCCGUCCUGGAGGAAUCCGUGGACAUGGCCAACGUGACGGGCGUCAGCAAAGGGAUCGAGGUGGUCUGGGAUCCCUGCGAUUUCUCGGUCCUGAAAUGCACAAACGUGACCGGGGACUGCAAGCGCCUCAAGCAGAUUCUGGACAACCUGCUCGGCAACGCCCUCAAGUUCACAUCCGAAGGGCACGUCGCUCUCCGCGCCUGGGCGAACAGGCCGAUCGCGAGGAGCUCAAACAGUGUUCCUUCAAGGUUUGCGUGCCCAAGGCGCGGCGGCGGCGGCGGCGGCGGCAGUUUCCUGGGGUGCUUGUUCAGAGCAAGGGACGAUGGUGAUGAGAACGAUUCUUACAAUGCCGUGCAGAAUGAUCCCAAUCUAGUUGAGUUUUACUUUGAAGUGGUUGACACCGGCAUAGGGAUCCCCCGGGAGAAGAGGGGGUCUGUCUUUGAGAACUAUGUUCAGGUGAAAGAUGGGCAAGGAGGCACCGGUUUGGGGCUUGGAAUAGUGCAAUCAUUUGUUCGUCUGAUGGGAGGAGAGAUUAGCAUCAAGGACAAAGAACCCGGGGAAAAAGGAACAUGCUUCGCGUUCAAUGUGCUUCUGAAGAUGACUGAGAGGCAAGAACCUCAAGACAUAGAAGAAGGAACAUCAGCCCCAUCAGACACACUGAAUAAUUCCAGUCUCAGAGCCUCAGUGUUUCAAGAGGCCAACAGCUUUAAGGGUGGGCAUUGCGUUCUUUACGUUCAUGGGGAUGAAACCAGGAGGAUCUUGCAAACUUGGAUGGAGAACAUCGGGGUAAAAGUUUCGCUGAUCCCGCGAGCCGAGUUCAUCGCCUCGACGUUGGAGAAGGUGCAACGCAUUAUUAUGUCCCCUGCAAGGGCAUCAUCCCCCACCGUCGAUUGCGAUGCGGCAGACCGGUGCUUCAGCUCCAAGGAGAUGGUCAGCCAAGUCUUGCCGAUGGCGUUGAGGAACAGCAAUGGUCCCAGGAGAGGCAGCUUUGGAGGGCAUCCUUCCGGUAUCCUUGUUAUCAUUGAUGCGUCCAAUGGAGGAUUGGAGGACAUCUGCCUGGAGAUGGUGAAAUUUCUCAGAAUCAAGCAUCAGACUCCAUGCAAAGUUGUCUUCUUGACCGAUAAAAAGACCUCUUCUGAUGCUUUGAGGAGGUUCAAUGAGUUGAGCUGUGAUCUUGUCCUGCAAAAGCCAGUGCACGGGUCUCGCUUGUACGCUCUUCUUAUGACCUUGAGAGACCUCCAAGUUUCGGAUGCACAAUCUUCCCAAGUUGGUUCUGAGAUUGCUGGGACUAGUCAUCAGCAAUAUUUACCAGGGAUUGCUCUCCAGGAUGUGGAAACUGUUACAGCUUCAAAAAAGGAUGCGGAAACUGCAGCAUCAACUGAAGUUGAACGCUUGGCUCAGGAACCGAAAAGUGAAGAUGACAAACCACUGGCAGGGAUGCAUGUUUUGCUAGUUGAAGACACUUCAGUGCUGCAAAUUAUCCAAAGAAAAAUGCUGAAUCAACUAGGAGCUACUGUCGACGUAGCAGUAGAUGGAUCCGAGGCCGUGAAAUUGUUCAAGCAAGCUCUCGAGCAAGCCAGUGUUUCAGAAGAGGAUACAGUACCCUUGCCCUACCAUAUUAUCUUCAUGGAUUGCCAGAUGCCUAUAAUGGAUGGCUAUGAAGCAACAAAACUCAUUCGCGAGGUAGAAAUCAGCUACGGAAUUCGCACUCCAAUCAUCGCAUUGACUGCUCAUGUCAUGGAGGAGGACCUGCAGAAGGCUAUUCUUGCUGGGAUGGAUCUGCACCUGACAAAGCCAAUAGAAAGGAAGAGGAUAGUGGAAGCUGUUUUCCAUAUCUGCAAACGUAAGAAUUGAUGGAAUAAAUUUCCUCGUUGCAUGAAGAACUCAAGAAAUGGGCGGUUUUAUUGAGUAGGAUGAUGAUGAUCACAGCAUCUAUCAGAUCAUUGCUUGCAGUUGUAAUCUCUUAGUCCAUUCGGUCCAACAACAGCAUGUAUCUUUAGUAGCUAAACAAUGGUGCCAUCACAUGUAUCAGCAGUUAAUCUCUUUAGUCUUAAACUCAGGUGUAUCCAGAUUUUACUUCUCAUAUAUGUCAUUCUAACUUUCCAGAA